CAAUUAUCAACAGUGAACAACCCUCCCAUUCAAAUAGGGUGAUGAUCGAUCAACUCUUGUGUAUCUUCACCUGUACCUGGAGAAGCACGAGUUCACGGUGAAAUGUGACUGUUUCAAUGACUCAACACGAAAACCAUGAGAUCGAUGAGUUUGAACCAGGUCGUCGAGGGCGAUGGUUCGUGUUACGAGUCUCUCUGCCGAACAUUUAUCUAAGCAGAAAUAUAUUGGGAACAGCUGUCAUUGGAUGCGUUAAUUAAAAUUGUCCUAAUGCAGAUGCGCUUCAAAUGCCGUGCGGAGGUGCAAGGUUGAACCCCAGGUCGAUUGAUUGAGCCGCCAUGGGAAAUGCGGGCUAUAUAUACCUACCUCUUGGAAGAUCUCCCAGCUCCAGAGUUGUUGGAAAUGGCCGUUUGGUAAGUCACAUCCAAGUUCAGAUCUACCUUCGAAAGGUAGCUGCUUCAUCAUGUGGACGAUCGGGAGUGCUCUCCUACUUCCCUCACUCCUCGCCGGAGUCCAAGGCGCAGCGAUAGAGGUGCCUCGGAGUGCAUAUUCAUCAAAGAUAGAAGUUAUUCGCAAUCCCGUCUACCCUCUCGAUGUCGUCGACCAGCUUGAGGAGGCUACUAUGCCUAAGGUUGAUGAAUGGGUAGCUCAGAAGAUUGCUGCCAACACCAACAAUAACUGCACAUUAGAGAAUGCGGCAGUCAGGCGAGAAUGGAGUGACCUCUCCGAAGAGCAAAGAAUUGAGUACACUACUGCCGUGAAGUGCUUGAUGAACCUGCCCCCCACGGUAGAUACGACAAGGUUCCCGGGUGCCCUGAGCCGAUAUGAUGACUUUGUCGCGUUCCACAUGACACAUGCCAUGCAACUUCACGACAACUUCCACUUAUUUGGCGCACACAAGUACUAUGUCUGGCUGUUCGAGAAAGCCCUACGAGAGGAGUGUGGUUACACUGGUUACCAGCCUUAUAUGAAUUACGACCGCUACGCGGAAGACCCAUUCAACUCCCCCUUACUGAAUGGCAAUGCGUCCAGUCUCGGUGGUAACGGCCAGCCGGAGCCGUCGUAUAGGGGUGUUCCUCAGCCUGGACGAACCCCCAACAUCAUCAAGUCUGGCGGCGGUGGCGGCUGCGUCACUGAGGGUCCAUUCUCAGACAUGGUCGUCAGUCUCGGGCCAACCUCCAUGUCGAUGGGCGGCUCCAGUGUUCCCAAGAACCCGAAAGCAGACGGGUCGGGCAAGAACCCCCGCUGCUUGCGCCGUGAUGUGAACCGCGACGCGACUAUGGGAGCCAAGGCCGACCGCGCCCUCCACCUCAUUAACAAUAGCAAGGACAUCGACGCCUUCUACAACGAGUUGCUCGGGACCCCGCCUCCCAGGAAUGACCCUUACCCCUGGGGAAUUCACACCGCAGGUCACUACGUUGCCGCCGUCGACCCUGGUGGGGACCCGAUGACAUCGCCCGGAGACCCGCUCUUCUACUUCCACCAUACCGCGCUAGACCGUCUGUGGUGGAUCUGGCAGAUGCAGGACCCGGAGAAGCGCCUCAACGUCGUCCCUAGUGGUGGUAUGCCGAUGCCCCCCAUGAUGAACCUGGAGCGACGCGCCGAGGACCCUUCGAAUGUCACCGUGGACUUGGAAUGGCUUGGUCCUCCGAUUAAGCUUCUGGAGGCGCAUGAGCAGCUUGGUGGAAACAACGGUUUAUUCUGCUACGUCUAUGUUUAAUCCGGACCGUUACAUGGGGCGGAUAAGUUGGGUAGCGGCUCGCGAUUAGUUCGAUGAUCACCACAAUCGUUGCAGAUAGGUAUCGUUAGUAUUAAGUCAAUAUCAUUAUCUCGAGGCACAUUGUUUUUUAUGAUGUAGAAGUAGAGAAAUGUUGAUGUGAAAAGACAGCAGUACCUAGGGAUGAAAUGAGAGGUCUUGAAAUAGCA